GUUAAGAGGGUGUGUCUUACGACUGAGUGGGCGUGGUCUCGGCGCUCGCUCUGGGGCUCUUGUUGUUAUGGACCGGUCUCGGGGAGUCCGCGGCCUGUGACGCCUGAGGAGGACGCCAUGAGCGGGAGCCGUCUGCUCGGGGCCCUGCUGCUGCUGUGCUGCGCCGCACAGACCCGCGCGGGUGUGAACGUGUGCAGCAGCCGCAGCGUCACCGCCUGUCCGGACUGUCUGCUCCUCCACCCAGAGUGCGCCUGGUGCUCCCAGGAGAACUUUGGGGCGUCUCGCACGGUGACGUCGCGCUGCGAUUUCCUGGACAAUCUGAUGGCUAAAGGCUGCGCUCCGGAUUUUAUCGAGGGCCCCAAGAGUAAAGUCGCUGUGACCAGGAGCCUCCUGCUCAGCAGCAAGGGGUCCGGGUCGUCCCAGGCGGACAUCAUCCAGGUGACGCCGCAGAGUCUCUCGCUGUCUCUCCGGCCAGGUGCGGCAGCCUCCUUUAAGAUUCACGUGCGGCAGGUGGAGGACUACCCGGUGGACCUCUACUACCUGAUGGACUUGUCUCUGUCAAUGAAGGACGACCUGGACACCAUUCGGAAUUUGGGGACGCGAUUGGCCGCAGAGAUGGCAAAACUCACCAGCAACUUCCUCCUGGGGUUCGGCACAUUCGUGGAUAAGAACGUCUCCCCGUUCUCGCACACCGCCCCCAAAUAUCAGAACAACCCCUGCACCGGGUAUAAGCCCUUCCCAAACUGCAUCCCGUCCUUCGGUUUCCGCCAUGUUCUCUCCCUCACGGAUAAGGUCAGCAACUUCAACGCCGAGGUGCAGAACCAGCAAGUGUCGCGGAACCGGGACGCCCCAGAGGGAGCAUUCGAUGCCGUUCUGCAAGCUGCUGUCUGCAAGGAUCGGGUCGGCUGGAGGACGGAGGCCUCGCAUCUGCUGGUGAUCACUACAGAUGACGUCCCGCAUAUUGCACUGGAUGGUAAGCUGGCCGGACUGGUGCAGCCACAUGAUGGGCAGUGCCACCUCGACAUGGACAACGAGUACAGCGCCGCUAAUCAGCUGGAUUAUCCGUCGCUGGCGCUGCUCGGGGAGAAGCUGUCGGAGAACAACAUUCAUCUAAUAUUCGCAGUUCCGAAAACACAUUAUUUAUUGUAUAAGAAUCUCACGUCUCUGAUCCCGGGGACAACGGUGGAGAUCCUGGAGCCGAGCUCCAAGAACAUCCUGCAGCUCAUCGUCAACGCGUACAAUAACAUUCGUUCCAAGGUCGAGCUGACCGUAUCCGAGACCCCCGAUGACCUCGGUCUUAGCUUCUCAGCCACGUGUCAGGACGGAGUGACGUAUCCCGGGCUCAAGAAGUGUGGAGAGCUGAUGAUCGGUGACACGGUGUCGUUUGAGGUUUCGGCAGAGGCGCGCUCCUGCCCCCCAUCGGGCACCAUGGACACCUUCACCAUAAAGCCGGUGGGGUUUCGGGACGCCCUGGAGGUGACGGUGACGUAUAAUUGCAGCUGCGGUUGCUCGCAGCAUGUGGAGAGCAGCAGCGGGAAAUGCAGCGGUAACGGCACCUACAGCUGCGGCAUGUGCAACUGUGAGGCCGGCUUCCUGGGAGCGCGCUGCGAGUGCGGGGAGGAGGACGACAGCAGCGACCAGUCCCUGAGCACCUGCCGGGAGUCGGAGGCCCACACGGUGUGUAACGGGCGGGGGCGGUGCCUCUGCGGCCUGUGCUCCUGCUAUGAGAGCGAGUUUGGGCGCAUCAGCGGCUCCUACUGCCAGUGCGACGACUUCUCGUGUGCCAGGUUCAAGGGCGUCCUGUGCUCAGGGCACGGCGAGUGUGACUGCGGGGAGUGUAAAUGCCACACCGGUUACGUUGGUGAUAACUGUAACUGCACCACGGAGACGGAGAGCUGCGUGUCCAGCGACGGGCGCAUGUGCAGCGGCAAAGGGGCGUGCGUGUGUGGCCGCUGCCAGUGUAUUGAGCCAGGAGCGUUCGGGGAGACCUGUGAGAAGUGCCCCACCUGCCCCGACGCCUGCGGAACAAAAAGGGACUGCAUCGAGUGUCGCCUCUACCAGACCGGACGCCUCGCCGACAACCACACCUGCCAGAAGCUGUGCAAGGACGACAUCCUCCUGGUGGAGGCGCUCGAUGCCGAGAAUUCUGAGGCCGUUCUGUGCGUCUACAAGACGGAGAAUGAAUGUGUGAUGAGGUUCACGUACUCCGAGGACCCGAGCGGAAGAUCCGUCCUGACCGCGCUGAAGGAGCCGGAGUGCGGCAGCCCCCCGGAUGCCCUGAUGGUGCUGCUGGCGGUGGUGGGCAGCAUAUUACUGGUUGGCCUCGUUCUCCUGGCGGUCUGGAAACUGCUGGUGACUAUCCACGAUCGCCGCGAGUUUGCACGGUUUCAGAGUGAACGGUCCAGAGCCAAGUAUGAAAUGGCAUCCAACCCCCUGUACCAGCAGCCGAUCUCCACCUACAACGUAGACGAGAUGUACAGCAUGAUGGCGAAAUCCUACAACGGGACGUCCAACGGAUUCCAACCUGUGGGUGAUGUGGACUGAGGCGCGUGCGCUGCAUUACCCUGACCCAGAGGGCGCUGUGAGCGGGCCGCGGCUGGCCGCCAUUGGCUUAUUUGCACAUUUGUAUUGACUUCUGCUGGGGGGCUGCCCCUGGAUCCUACACUGAUCGCGAGCAGAACUUCGGCAUAACCUGCUGCCCGGGCGUAGAUUAACCCACAGCGUGCCACAUAGAUAACUAGGAUUUUAUUAGGGACUAGUCCAGGACUAAUCAGGGUGAAGGGUCCACGCUCGGCUGCAUCGGACGCAGUGAAUGUGGGUGCGGUGAUGUUACCAGAACGGUGCAGCGUCCAGCAGAGCGGUCACCCAGCUUUCCUGGAGGCCAAGGCCUGUGGCAGAGCAGAACCCUGGGAAAGCUGGGUGCAGGAGACUUCUUAACUUGCUGGGAUUUUUUUCACUUUAGCGUUGGGUUUGUUUUUGAAGGGAAGCGUUCACAUUGUGCAGAUGUCCGAUCUGCGGCCGCAGGAGGAGCGAGGUCUAGGGUUAACGUGCCUAGGAGUCCGGUGGGCGGUCCUAUCAGUGAUUCACAGCUGUGUGGCUGUAGGACCGCCCACCGGACUCCUGUCAGGAACUAAGUCUUCAUAACUGUACGUGCGCAUAUAGGGUUGACUCCCUGCCAGGAGUCCGGUGGGCGGUCCUAUCAGUGAUUCACAGCUGUGUGGCUGUAGGACCGCCCACCGGACUCCUGUCAGGAACUAAGUCUUCAUAACUGUACGUGCG